AAACAAAAAAAAAGAAAGAAAACAAAAAAAAGAAGCGUAACUCUUAACACGAACACAUUGCUUCACACAACCUUUCACAAAAACUCGAAACCCUUCUUCUGUUUCUCUCUCUAGAAAAAAAAGAAGGAAAGAAAGAAAGAAACACUCUCUCUCUUUCUCUCUCUAAUGGAAGACGACGACGAGUUCGGAGAUCUGUACACGGACGUGCUCAGGCCUUUUGCUUCUUCGUCGUCGCUAUCCUCCGCUUCGCAGCCUCACCAACCGUCGCCUGCGCCACCGUCUCUCCACAGUCCGAUCGAUCUCAACCUAAAGAGCAGCAACGACGACGAUGGGAUCGUUUUCGGAGCUCCUCACUCUAGUUCCACUGCGCCCAAUCAAACCCUAGCUCCUCAACCUAAGGAGCCUGUUCGCGAAGCCGUCAAGCUCGAUUUGGCGCCGAAUUCGAUCGCUCGCGAGGAUUCAGCUGGUGGUGCUAGGGUUUUGGAAGCCGGAGAUGUUGAAUUACCGAGAAGGACUGGUCCGGAGGCUGGUGUUGUUGAAUCGGAGGCUUUGAGCCGAGGAGGAGGUGAAGGAGGUGUGGAUUUGAUGGAUAAAGAUGUGAAUUUUGAUAUUGAGGAGGGUAAUACUGGAAUCGACGAUAUUGGCUCCGAGCCAAUCAUUCCAGGACUCUCCGGUGGUGGCGGAAGCGGCAGCGGCAGCGGCGGUGACGCGAUGGUGCGUGGUUUGACGGUGAAUCUGGAAGCUUCUAGAAAGGACGACGCCAGCGGAGGUGGUGGCGGCAGCGGCGAGAAUGAUUGGGACAGUGAUAGUGAUGACGAUUUGCAGAUAGUGUUGAAUGAUAACAAUCAUGGGCCCAUGGCAAUGGAGAGAGGCGGAAUUGGAGGCGAGGAAGAUGAUGAUGAUGAAGAUGGGGAUCCGCUGGUUAUUGUGGCGGAUGGGGAGCUGAAUCAGGAGAUGGAGGCGCAAGAAUGGGGCGAAGAUGCAGCGCAGGCAGCGGAUGGAGAGAAGAAGGAGACUGGGGAUGCCGGGAAGGUUAUUGGUGGCGGUGUCCACGUAGGCGCGGUGGUGGCGCCGAAAAUUGGUUAUAGCAAUCAUGGGUAUCAUCCAUUUCAUUCUCAGUUUAAGUAUGUUAGACCUGGUGCGGUGCCAAUGUCUGGGGCAGCUACCUCCAUUCCUGGAGGAGGCCCUGGUCAAGUUCGUCCACUUGUCAACAUGGGUCCUAUGGCUGGUCGUGGUAGAGGUGAAUGGAGACCAACAGGAAUUAAAAAUGCUUCUCCAAUGCAGAAAGGUUUCCACUCGGGUUUUGGAUUGCCUGCUUGGGGCAACAAUAUGGCGGGGCGAGGUUUUGGUGGUGGUGGUGGACUGGAAUUCACGCUUCCUUCUCACAAGACCAUAUUUGAUGUUGACAUUGAAAGUUUUGAGGAGAAACCAUGGAAAUAUCCUGGCAUUGAUAUAUCAGACUUCUUCAAUUUUGGUUUGAAUGAGGAGAGCUGGAAAGAUUAUUGCAGGCAGCUGGAACAACUCCGCCUAGAGUCUACCAUGCAAAGCAAAAUUCGUGUUUAUGAAAGUGGGCGAACAGAGCAGGAGUAUGAUCCAGAUUUACCCCCAGAAUUGGCAGCAGCCACUGGUGUUCAUGAUGUUCUGGCUGAAAAUGCAAAUUCUGGAAAGUUGGAUGUUGGACAAAGUGAUUUAGCAAAAGGAUCUGCUCGUGUGCGGCCACCUAUACCAACCGGGAGAGCAAUACAGGUUGAAGGUGGUUAUGGUGAGCGUCUCCCCUCCAUUGACACUCGACCUCCUCGCAUGCGUGAUUCAGAUGCAAUUAUUGAGAUUGUCUUGCAGGACUCUGUAGAUGAUGAUUCCUCCACAGGAAAUGCCCCAGAGCAACCAGACAAUGAAACCCCCAGAGAGGAUUUUAGAGGUGGCGAUGUAGCUGAAGAAGACGUGGAGCAGGUGGAUAGUGAGUAUUUUGAUGGUUUUCCACAGGCUUACAAUGUUCGAAAGAGAGAUCUUGGAAGAAGAAUGCCAUCUGUGAAUUCUGGUCAAGAUAACUUGAAUGAUGGGGAUGGAAUAUCAUCCUUCCCUCCAGAAGCUCCAGUCCAGAUUUCUAGUUCGAGGGGGCAGACUAGCGGGAAAGUUGGUACUCCUUAUGAUGAAAGGCGGACACAGGAAAGAGCACGUGACCAAUCCCCUCAUAUGGCUCCCAGUCGAAGUACACGUGAUGGGAAAUUUCAUGAUGAUCAGAAGGAAGAAUCAGUUGAAAGCUUGGAUGGUAAACAUAGUCCGCGGUUAUCAUCUCCUGUCACGGUUAGGGUUGCCAGAGAGUCAAGUGUUGAGCAGAAAGAUGCUGAACAUGAUGAGCUCUUGCUAGCUGAUGGAAGCCCUGUGAUGGAAAAGGAUGAAAUGACUUUAAACACAAUAGGCAAAAAUGACACCCUCAAGGAUGGAGUGUUAAAUAAGCAAAAAUUGAGUUCUCGUGUCGAACAACCUGUGCUCCAAGAAUUUGAUGAGGGCGAGGACUCAAAGGCUGCAAGAAGUAGUGAAAACAGCAAAGCUAGGUCAGGAAGCAGCAGGGACUAUCAGAAGUGGCGGGAUGGGGCUGAUGAGGAAGUCAUUCAAGAAGGACGUUCAACACGCACAGAGAGCAUGAAAAGGCACCUUGAUGACAAUGAACAGGGUCUCCGAAGAAAGAAUCGUGAUGGAAGACAAGAUAUAGAAAGAAGUCGCAUGGCAGUAAAAGGAACGGAAGAUUACCUCUAUAGAGACUGGGAUCCUAGCUCAGGUCAUCAGAUGCAUAUGAAAGCUGAUGGAUUUAAUAGGCGAAAGGAGAGGGACAAUCCUGAAAUUCCUUGGCAACGGCGAGAUGAUGAUCCUUACAACAGAAGGAUUAGAGCUGAAGAAACAAGGAAGAGGGAGCGUGGUGAGGAAAUGGGAUCCAGGCAUAGGGGUAAGGUUCGAGAUGGCGAGAGGAGUGACAAAGAUGAAUUUCUCCAUUCAAGGAAACAGUUAGAUAAUGGAAACUAUAGGAUUCCUUAUGAUAAGGAGGCUGGAUCACGCCACAGGGAAAGAGAUGAUGGUCUGAAGAGUAGGUAUGAAAAUGUGGAUGAUUACCAUGGCAAGAGAAGGAAGGAUGAGGAAUAUCUGAGGAGGGACCAUGCUGACAAAGAAGAAAUCUUGCAUGGCCACAGGGAAAGUACCAGUCGUCGAAAGCGAGAAAGGGAUGAGGUUUUGGACCCACGGAAGAGAGAUGACCAACUAAGACUUAGGGAUAAUCUUGAGGAUCACCACUCUGUUAGGCACAAAGAUGAGGGCUGGUUGCAGAGAGAAAGGGGUGAAAGGCCGCCAAGAGAGAGGGAGGAUUGGCAUAGGUUAAAACAGUCUCAUGAAGAAAAUCUACCCAAGCGGGAAAGAGAUGAAGGACGGGGUGCUUUAAGGGGUGGGCGUGGUCCAGAGGAAAAAGCAUUGGCUGGCCAUUCUAGGGCAAAGGAAGAGUACAAGGGAUCUGAUAAAGAAUACCAAUUCAAAGACACAGUGCGACACAGUGAACAGUCCAAGAGACGGGAACGAAUUGAGGAUGAAAAUUCACAUUAUAGGGGACGCGAGGAUGUUUACCCACGUGGAAAUCAAUUUAGUAAUGAUGAAAGAAGAUCCAGGCAGGAGAGGUCAAGUACUCGUAAUGAUCGUGCUGUUAGUGCUUCUGAUAACCAAAGAGUGCAUGACAAAAAGCAUAGAGAGAAUACAAGGAAGAAUAAAGAGUCUGAGGGUGGUGAUCACAACGCUAUAGGCCCUUCCAAGAGAAAUCGAGAAGACCAAAGUGGUCAAAUUAAUGAGACGGGCUUGAAAGGCUCCGGGGAUCAAGGAAAUGGUGAGCGUGAGGUUCCAGUGCAGCGUCAUGUCUCCAGAAAACAUAGGGAAGAUGUUUCCUCAGAAGAUGAACAACUAGACUCAAAAAGAGGGCGCUCCAAGUUGGAACGUUGGACUAGCCAUGCUGAGAGGGAUUUCAGUAUCAACAGUAGGCCAUCAUCUUCCUUGAAAUUUAAGGAGAGUGAUAGGAAUAUCAAUGGCGCAUCUUCAGAAGCCACCAAACCUCUGGAUGAAUCUGCUAACACAGUCGAGAUUGUUGAUAAUCAACAUCCAUCAGCUGAAGAGAAAGAUGCUGGUGAUCUGGAAAGCAAGGAUGCUGACACAAAACCUUUGGAGGAAAGGCACCUGGAGGAUACAGUGGAGAAGUUGAAGAAGCGAAGUGAGCGGUUCAAGCUUCCACUGCCGAGUGAGAAAGAAGUCUUGGUGAUUAAGAAGAUAGAGAGUGAAGCACUGCCCUCUGCCAAAAUUGAGACUCCUGUGGAGUCAGAGAUCAAACCAGAGCGGCCUGCUAGGAAAAGAAGGUGGGUAAGUAACUAAAUGUGAAAUCAAGGGACCUGCAUUAUUUUGCUGAAUUGCUCAUGAUUUUGAGGGAAGUCUUGGCCUGAUUCUGUAAUUCUAGAACCCCGCCGGUUGAGUCACGCCCUUGGUUUUCAAAUGGCAUCUGUAGGGUUUUAGAGACGGCCAUCUACCUCUUCAAUACUCGUAUCAUCUUUUGUAACCAUGCUGCCACCCUAUACUUUUGAUGUUUUGUAUAUACUAGUGAAUGUAACAUUAAACUGGUCACUGAUGGUGGCACAGGAAUUAUUUUUUAGUGUUAAUUCAUAUUAUGACUCAGAAUAAUCUGGGUUGCCAGACGUGGCAAGUCUGACCCUUGCAGAAGCCAAAUGCUAUGGGAGGCCGGAACUAGUUUGAUGCUGGCGUCUUCCAGUUGUGGCAGCUUUGAUGUUUGAAGAAAAGGGCCGAUGAGCAAAACAGGAGCAGCCAGAUUUACUACAGUGUUAUAGACUUAUAGUUCUUACACUUGUAUUUUGUAUCUUGAUUAGUUAUCAUUUUUUUUAACCUUCUUUUUUCGGCCAGAAGCCUGAAGUAGAAGUUCCUUUUGUACUUAAGGAACAAGUGAGUUUUAAGAAAUGCGAAAUUUAAAGAUAAAGAACAAGAAAAAAGAAAGAUUUUUAGUCA